AUCACGGUCUUUACCACAGCAACACUCUUGUCCGACCGUGAUCAUACAAGGUCAAUCGGAGGAUCGCAUACAUCUGCUUAGGAUCACACUAUGUCUUCUCCCCGGCAGGUCUAUCUGCUGCCUCUCAAGGAUGAUGGCUCUCCAGACGUUCCGGGAGGCUACAUCUAUCUCCCCGCACCCUCCGACCCGUCCUACCUUCUCCGCUUCGUGAUCGAGGGGACAAGCUCGAUUUGCAGGGAAGGUCAACUGUGGGUAAAUAUUCCAGAAGAUGGUCACCCAUUUGAUCGGUCUGCUUUCCGCAGCUUCAGACUCUCUCCGGACUUCAACAAGAAUAUUCAAAUCGACGUUCCCAUCACCUCUCCCGGCUCUUUUGCCUUCUACGUGACCUUCUCUCCGCUUCCUGAGUUCUCGGUUUCUCAGACUGCAACUCCGGAGCCGACAAGAACUCCAACUUACUACAUUGACGUCUCGCCCAAACUGACCCUUCGCGGUCGCGAUCUGCCACUCAAUGCUCUUUCCAUUUACUCGGUCAUCUCCAAGUUCUUGGGCAAAUAUCCUACAGAUUGGGAUAAGCAUCUUAACGGUAUUAGCCAGCGCAAUUACAACAUGAUCCAUUUUACGCCUUUGAUGAAACGCGGAGACUCCAACUCGCCGUACAGUAUAUUUGACCAAUUGCAGUUUGAUGAUGCUGUGUUUCCCAAUGGGGAGGCAGACGUCGCUAACUUGGUCACGAAGAUGGAAGAGAAACACGGGCUCUUAUCCCUGACGGACGUUGUAUGGAAUCAUACCGCCAACAACAGCAAAUGGCUUGAGGAACAUCCAGAAGCUGGCUACAGCGUUCAGACUGCACCAUGGCUGGAAUCCGCCUUGGAGCUGGACAAUGCAUUGUUGAAAUUCGGUGAAAACCUUGCUUCUCUCGGUUUGCCGACUGAUUUCAAAUCAGUGGACGAUCUUGUCGCCGUCAUGAAUGCAGUUCGUGAGCAUGUCAUUCACAAACUCAAGCUAUGGGAGUUUUACGUCGUCAAUGUUGCUGCGGAUACACAGAAGGUCAUUCAGCAAUGGCAAACUUCCAAGAGCAUUGACAUAACGAGCGAUGAGUGGUCGCAGCACAAGCUGAAGGAUUUCGGCAGCUGGACUCUGAAAGAACAAGCGACCUUCGUCCGUGAAAAAGCUAUUCCGACAUCAAAGCAACUUCUUGGCCGGUACAGCAGAGCGAUUGAGCCGAAGUUUGGAGCAGCGAUACUGACUGCACUGCUUGGUCCCUCGGAUGCCGCGGAUUCUGAUACCACUGCGGCUGAAAAAGCUAUCUCAAAACUACUCGAUGAGGUAAAUCUUCCUUUCUACAGGGAAUACGAUUUGGAUGUUGCGGAGAUCAUGAACCAGCUCUUCAAUCGGGUCAAAUACCUUCGGAUUGACAGCCAUGGACCUAAGCUUGGCCCAGUCACGGAGCAAAGCCCACUUAUCGAGACGUACUUUACAAGGCUGCCGUUGAACGAUACUACCAAGAAGCACGAUAGCAAGGCUCUGGCUCUCGUCAAUAACGGCUGGAUUUGGAACGCUGACGCGCUGCGGGACAAUGCUGGGCCUUUUUCCAAAUCGUAUCUCCGUCGAGAGGUCAUUGUUUGGGGUGACUGUGUGAAAUUGAGAUAUGGAUCCUCCCCUGAAGAUAAUCCCUUCCUUUGGGAAUUCAUGACCAAAUAUACCCGUCUCAUGGCUAAAUAUUUCUCGGGUUUCCGCAUUGAUAAUUGUCAUUCUACGCCGUUGGUAGUGGCAGAAUAUCUUCUGGAUGAGGCACGAAAAGUUCGGCCCAACCUCACAGUGUUCGCAGAACUUUUUACUGGCUCGGAAGAGGCGGAUUACAUCUUCGUCAAGCGACUUGGUAUCAACGCUCUCAUUCGCGAGGCAAUGCAGGCCUGGAGCACCGGAGAGCUUAGCCGACUUGUGCACCGCCAUGGAGGCCGUCCGAUCGGAAGCUUUGGGGUUGACAUUCCUUCGUCCGGAAGUAGUCAUGCCAUAGCUUCGUCGGGCAUCGACAGUGGGAAGGAGAAGGUUUCUCACAUUCGCCCUAAUCCUGUGCAAGCUCUUUUCAUGGAUUGUACUCACGAUAACGAAAUGCCGGCCCAGAAGAGGACUGCGAUAGACACGCUUCCCAAUGCAGCUCUAGUAGCUAUGUGCGCCUCAGCCAUAGGAAGCGUCAUCGGAUACGAUGAAAUCUACCCCAAACUUGUCGACCUUGUUCAUGAGACUCGUCUGUACUCAUCAAAGUUCUCGGAGUCCUCCAAGGUUGAUUUGAACUCGCUCGAAGGAGGUAUCGGUGGCAUCAAGAAACUCCUCAACGAGCUACAUACCGUCAUGGGCUCAGAGGGCUAUGACGAGACUCACAUUCAUCACGAUGGAGAGUACAUCACGGUUCACAGGGUACAUCCGAAAACGCGGAAGGGAGUUUUCCUGAUCGCCCACACCGCGUUUCCAGGGCAAGAUAGCAAAGCUAUAUUGGCACCCACACGCCUGGUCGGUACUCGAGCAAAGCAUAUUGGCACGUGGCGGCUGGAGGUUGACUCGAGCGAGAGUACUAGGAAGGAAGUGUCAGAGGAUAAAUCCUACCUUCGGGGCUUACCCAGCCAAGUUUAUGCUAUCGAAGGCACAAAGGCCGAACAGGACGGCAAUGACACAGUCAUCUCAGUUCUGGAGUCGCUUGUUGCCGGAUCUAUCUCCAUCUAUGAAACUUCCAUUCCCAGCGCUGAGCAUGCGUCUGGGCUUGAUGUUCAUAUUACGGAGGGAGUAGACGAUGCUUUUGCAAACCUUAGCUUGGUCGAUCUUAAUUUUGUGCUUUAUCGCUGCGAAGCAGAGGAGCGAGAUUCUAGCAAUGGCCAAGAUGGGGCAUACAGCAUCCCAAACUACGGCUCUCUGGUCUAUGCGGGCCUUCAGGGUUGGUGGAGUGUACUUGAGAACGUCAUCAAGUACAACGAACUGGGUCAUCCUCUUUGCGAUCACUUGCGCAACGGCCAGUGGGCGCUGGACUACAUCGUUGGGAGGCUCGAGAAGGUUGCUAAGACAGAAGGAUACUCUGCUCUACACAAGCCUGCAGCCUGGUUGCGGGAGAAGUUUGAGGCUGUUCGCAGUCUGCCGAGCUUCCUACUUCCCAGAUAUUUCGCCAUCAUAGUUCAAACUGCCUACAACGCAGCGUGGAAGCGCGGCAUUCAGCUCCUCGGUGGUAAUAUACAGAAAGGACAAGAGUUCAUCCAUCAGCUGGGUAUGGUGAGUGUGCAAAUGACUGGAUAUGUCAAUUCUGCAUCCUUAUGGCCGACAAAGAGGGUGCCUAGUCUCGCAGCUGGCUUGCCGCAUUUCGCUGUUGAUUGGGCAAGAUGCUGGGGUCGCGAUGUUUUCAUUUCCCUGCGCGGUCUUCUACUCUGCACUAGUCGGUUUGAUGAUGCCAGGGAGCAUAUAUUCGCAUUUGCAAGCGUCCUCAAACACGGAAUGAUACCGAAUCUACUCAGUAGUGGAAGGCUACCACGGUAUAACUCUCGUGAUUCGGUCUGGUUCUUUCUUCAAUCUAUUCAGGACUACACCGUGAUGGCACCCGAUGGAAUCAAACUCUUGGACGAGAAGGUGCCCAGAAGGUUUCUUCCUUAUGACGAUACGUGGUUCCCAUUCGACGAUCCGCGAGCUUACUCAAAGCACUCAACUAUAUCUGAAGUGAUCCAGGAAGUGUUCCAACGACACGCUCAGGGCUUAUCAUUCCGAGAAUACAAUGCAGGGCCUGACCUUGACAUACAGAUGAAGCCGGAGGGGUUCGAUAUAAAUGUCCAGGUCGACUGGGAGACGGGCCUGAUCUUUGGUGGUAGUCAGUUCAACUGUGGAACAUGGCAAGAUAAGAUGGGAGAAAGUGAGAAGGCCAAGAACAAGGGAGUCCCUGGAACGCCGCGUGACGGAGCUGCCAUUGAAAUCACAGGUCUUGUCUACAGUGCAUUGAAGUGGGUAGCGGAGCUACACGAGCGGGGACUUUAUCAGCACUCUGGGGUCGAUCUUGGGGAAGGAAAGUCGGUGACUUUCAAGUCAUGGGCGGCAAAGAUCAAGGAGAAUUUCGAGCGCUGCUACUAUGUUCCAUCUAAUCCGGAUGAGGAUGCCAAUUACGUUGUUGAUCGGAAUGUGGUCAACCGGCGUGGAAUCUACAAGGAUCUCUACAAAUCAGGAAAGCCAUACGAAGAUUACCAGCUUCGUUCGAACUUCCCGAUUGCCAUGACUGUUGCACCAGAUUUGUUCACGCCUUCAAAAGCACUGUCAGCCCUGGCACUGGCCGAUGAGGUCCUGGUCGGCCCGGUCGGCAUGGCUACUCUUGAUCCUUCUGACCUCAAUUACCGACCAUACUACAACAACUCCGAGGAUUCUGAGGACUUUGCUACCUCCAAGGGUAGAAACUAUCAUCAAGGUCCGGAAUGGGUGUGGCAGCGCGGAUUCUUCCUCCGUGCGUUCCUGCAUUUUGAUCUAGCUCGCAGAACAACGCGCGAGGAGCGAACUGAGGCCUACCAGCAGGUUACUCGGCGACUGGAAGGCUGCAAAAAGGCUUUAAGAGAAAGCCCGUGGAGAGGUCUCACGGAGCUCUCGAACAAGGAUGGUGCACACUGCGCUGACUCGUCACCCACGCAAGCAUGGUCCGCUGGAUGCCUGCUUGAUUUGUACUAUGAUGCUUCACAGUACACUCAGGAUGAGUGAGCGCUCUCAAUAAUGCUAGGUGCCUUGGCGGACAAACCAUGAUCACCUACUGGUGGACUGAACAAAAUCUCUCAUUCGAUGCAGUGUGACAGGCCACAUAACCACUAUUUAGCAUCUAUCUCUUUGACAGACAGUGAAAACUUCGCGUCUUUUGACUAUUAAAAACGUGUAAUAAUUUUAUUUCAAUUUCAAUGUCGGUUAAAAUGGUUGCAGCUCGGCUGUACAAAACGAAGGACUGUACCUGUAGAUGACUGGUGGUUGCAGAUCAG